AUGGAGUUCUCUCGAACAGAGUAUCCCAAUCUACUGGCGACAUUGCAACCCGAUCAGGCAAUCACCGUCCUCAAUGAUCGCGUCGCUCUGAUUUCCAAGAUCAACAGUGACAUUGCCGACUGGCUUCAGGCAAGACAUUCCCAAGAAGCAUAUGUUGCUGGUUUGCGGAAGCUUGCGCGAAGGCCUCAACAAGAUGGAGCUGUAGCUCUUGGCAUCUUUCAAAUGCCGUGGCAGCGAAUUGUAUCCGGCACGGAAAAUCUCGCGGCCUCUCACGAAACGCUCGCCACCAAGAUCGAAACAGAUGUCGAAAAUCCAUUGAGGAACUUUGCAACUCGCAAUAGAGAAAUGCAGGCUCUGGCCUCGACCCAGGGCAAUCUCAAUUCCAUCGCGAAAGAAUUGGCUAGUGCCCAGAAAAAAGCUGCAAAAGGGGGAAGGAAGGCCGACACUGCAAGCACCGCAGCGGAAGAUGCUUCACGUCAGUGGGAGUCACAAGCACCCUAUGUGUUUGAGCAACUGCAGGCGCUCGACGAGACUAGGAUUAAUCAUUUGAGGGACGUCCUGACUCAAUUCCAGACUCACGAGGUGGACUCGAUUGAGAAGAGCCGACUCAGCGCCGAGUCAUGCCUUAAUGCACUCCUGAACCUUGAAACAGCAGAUGAAAUAAAGACCUUCGCGGCCAGAACCAGUGGAGGGCCGAGCACUGCUCUCAGAAGGCGAAGCUCAGCAGCGGCCAGUGCUAGACCUUCAAGUCCUCAGAUUCGGGCUCCUCCGACACCACCGCCUCCGCGACACACCGAGGAUAGACAGAGCCAGCGGACGAAUUCAUUUGCUGGUCGGGAUAGGCUAGCUCCAUUGCCCGAUGCGACACCUCAAAAAGAGAAAGGCAAACUUGGAGGCCUCAAACGUCUCGGUACGGUAAUGAGCAGAAGGAAGAGCACCGUUGCUCCGGUUCUGCACCAUCCUCCAGAAGAAAAGAGGAAGACACGUUCCUUUGUGCCGUUUAGGAGAGGUGACUCGUCUCGAAGUUUCCAGGAUUUGCAGGAGUCAGGACAAGAUCUAACACCGAGCACAUCUCGAGAUGAACGACCUCUUUCUUCAAUAUCACACGACAGGCGACAUGAGUUACCUUCCCGAAGCCGGCCUGAACCGCCGUUGCCGCUUACGAAUGGCAACACUCUGCCACAAGCUACAUCGGAAUCGAACGCGGAGGUUGCUCCAACCCAACCUGCCUUGCUUAAUACUGUUAACACCCCUCAGACCCCAAAUCAACCGCCCCAAACGUCUGCUGUACAAAUGCCAUCCGCUCCAGCCAUGGAUCCGAUCACUCAAGCCCAACAAGAGGCGGCCCUGGCGUCCGCAUCUGGAGAUGAAUCAUCUCGUAACUUCAUGAUCCGCGAUCAACCCAUUAAAGAAGACGAAAGCGAAGCUCAACUGGCAUUGAGCAAUAUGGCCAAUCAAUUGCGAUCUCAAGCUCAAAACUCGGGCAUUAAUCGAGUCCAAGGAAGUGUGAGAGGGCGACGAGACGUUCGAAAUACCAUGUACGUCCCAAGCAGCGCAGAAUCACCGGGAUCAGCACCAUCGACCUCGCGCGCGGGUCCGCCUGUAACUAUACCUUCUGGAGUCAGUUCGACCGAGAACGUCAUGGCGUCCCCUAUCCAGAGACCACCCCCGGUCGCGAUCUUGCAUGAUGACCACGUCAUGGGCUCUGAUACGACCUCUAUACAUUCUUCCCGAAGCCUUUCUGGUCCAAGUCAACAUGUCGAUCUUCAUGAUCCUGGUCUGAAUGCCUCUAUCGUCGAGACUGUCCACUCGUGGUUCACCGAGUCGGGCAUCAGCAAGUCUUUUGUCCUCGGCGAAGUUGCGUUUGCAUAUAAUCUUACUGGAUCUUCCAAUCCUGACCAUGAAACCGUCCGCUUGCGGCACUUCGAACGUUUGGACAAAGUGGCGGCAAAUCCGAUAUUUGUGACCCAAAUCAAAUCUACUGGGGAAGCCAUGGCAGAGGAGCAGGCAGGCUCCUACACCGUAGCAACUGCAGCCAUCCGAAGGCCUUCACCUAUGAUUGGUUUGAAAUAUCAACUUCAUCUUGAAGAGAGCAGUCUCGCUCAAUACAGCCCUGUCUUGAUCACGCCAGCCUGGCAGGUGGUUGAAGGCCAAGUCAGCGUCAUUGUCUUGUACAGUCUCAACCCCGUUUUUGGAAGCGAACCCUUGAGCCUCAAGAAUGUGACCAUCACUGUGAACUUGGAUACCUCAGGCGAAGGGACAGGCAAAGCAAUAAGCGCGAUGAUGGCGCCUACACAGGGCGCCAGUUUUCGUCGGAAAACGUCGUCCGUGGUAUGGCGGCUGAAAGACCUCGCCGUCAAGAGUGAGCAAGAAAGACUCCUGGUGAGAUUCAUGACACAAGGUGGCAUGGUCAAAAAAGGCACAGUCGAGCUCAAGUUUGAAAUCACCGGUCGAACGGCGUCCGGGAUUGGCGUUGAAAAGAUGGUUGCUGAAAACGAUCCCUUUGCCGAUGACACGGCCGAGAGUAGUGCAAGGGCGAGUGCGGAAGAAAAGAGAUGGGAACCUGUCAAUACUCGCAUGAAGUUGGUGACGGGGAGGUAUACCGCCAGCUGA